AUGAACAUCCAUACAGCUCUCAGAUCCGGCCCGUUAUUGGGCAUCAGCCUGGACAAGGAUGCAUACAUUCCAGGCGAUAUCAUCACCGGCCAUGUAUUUCGACAGUUUCAAACAAUAAGUCCCGACGCAACUGUGAGCAUCUGCAUGUUUGGCCGAGGGAGGACAAUUGGAGUCAUCGGCAACAACUCCCAAGAAUACCGAGGCCUUUUCGACCUCUGCUAUCGUCCAAAGAUCAUCUUCCAGGGCCCUAUACACAUCGAGUCAGCGAAACACAAACAUAAAUGGCCGUUUACCGUUCAGCUUCCGAAAUACGUGAAUGAUUCUACUCCUUUGGCUCCCGUGAAUCAUAUGCCACCAUCAUAUAUGCUUCGUACGAAGAAUAUGGCAGCGGUUAUUGAGUAUGUCAUCAAGGCAAAGAUCACAAUGACUGUUCAAGGCCACGAAGAAGUCCUGGAAGCGACGUUUCCUUUCAAAGUCAUAUGCGCCACUCCAGAAUCUCCAGUCGCAGAUUUUCAGCUUAAACGAUAUUACUACCAGCGUGCAGUUUCGAGCCAUCGGCUUGUUCCUGGAAUGCAGGAUACAAAGGUCUCUUGGAAAGACAAGAUCAGACAAUCUCUCCACAGUUCGAAGGAUCCAUCAUUGACCUUUGAUUUGUUUGUUGAAGUGCCCAAGGUCCUUCAGCUGGAUAACCCGACACCAAUACCGUUUACGCUCCUAGUGUCGCCGAACUGGGAAGAAACGAGCGACGCUAUUCGAGAUGUAGCGCAAGACGUCGAGCUUGUAUCGGUACGCGUCAGUGUUGUCACCACGACGACAAUUAUCUGUCAUGCGGGGUUACAAGUACCAGAAAGCACAGAGAUCGACCUUGGACUCAGCCAGGCUAUCAAACAGCGCGGCACAAUACGGAUCCCAUUUACAGCCGAUUCCCAGCCCAUAGAUAUUGGAGAAAUGAUUAACCUGCGCAUCGGUCAGAAAACAGGCUACCCCCAACAUUGGACAUCUGUGCAGUCCGAGUUCACGCACUCAUUCCAGAUAUACAACAUCCGUGUUUCACAUCAACUAAAAUGGUCAGUACAGUGUGAAAUCGUAGGCGAAAGAUUCAAGGCAGAAGGAAAGUCUGAUUUGCUCAUAUUGAAGCCGAGCGAUGACAGGCCGGAAUCGCAAGAUGUUGUUCUGGAGGCUGGAGAGAGGAUACCGCUGCGUCAAGAUUCAUCGUGGAUUAGGCCGCCCGCAGAGGAGCAGCUACCGAGCUUUUUAGAGGCGCAGAGGGAUGAGCAAAUCAGUGAGGGUUUGUUAGGUCAUGGCUGA